GGAUUCCUGCAUACAAACGUUUUCUCACAAGCUCGAGGGGCGAUCCGAUUGCCUCGCUUUUUUAUUUUCUCUCUCCCCAAACACUCUUUUUUUAAUUUUUAAUUAUAAUGUUUUUAAAUUUUUUUUGAGAUUUUAUUUUAUUUUAGUUUUAUUAACUUUCUUAAUUCACGGGAAAAGCUGGUUGUCAACAACCUCGUCAUCGUUGGAAACUUGGAAUUGAAUGAUAUGAAUGCCUUUUCUUAGCUUUUCCUUUUUCUUUCCUUUCUUUUCACUCUCUCUCUCUCUCUCCCUUUAUUUAUUAUUAUUUUUCCUUCCUCAUCACGUGACGUCCUUCUACUUUCCAUUAUUUCCAAUCCAAAUCUCCAAACAGCUUUUCUUCUUCUUCAUCUGUGUUUUUUCUGAAUUUUGUUGAUUUGAUUUUUUAUUAUUUAUUUUUGGAUUGUUUUUAUGAAUAUCCGGAUCUUCAAUGAGCUGCAUUUAUGAGCCUUGUUUUCUCGGACGAGAGACAGAGAGGAAUUAAAUUACAAAAAAUAUAAAAAAAAAGGAAGAAGGAAAAAAAAAAAAAAAAGAAAGAAGAAUGGAGAAGAAGAAGUAUCCGAUUGGACCGGAGCAUUACACACUGUAUGAGGAGGUAGGACAAGGUGUUAGCGCUUCGGUUCACCGUGCUCUUUGUAAGCCCUUCAAUGAGAUCGUCGCUAUCAAAAUUCUCGAUUUUGAACGUGAUAAUUGUGAUCUGAAUAAUAUUUCUCGGGAAGCACAAACUAUGAUCCUGGUUGACCACCCUAAUGUACUGAAAUCGCACUGUUCCUUCGUUAGCGAUCAUAAUUUGUGGGUUGUGAUGCCAUAUAUGGCCGGGGGAUCUUGUCUUCACAUAUUGAAGGCUGCAUACCCAGAAGGUUUUGAGGAGGUAGUUAUAGCCACUGUAUUGCGUGAGGUGUUGAAAGGUUUAGAGUAUCUUCAUCAUCAUGGCCACAUACAUCGGGAUGUCAAAGCUGGGAAUAUUCUCAUGGAUUCACGUGGUGCAGUAAAGCUGGGAGAUUUUGGUGUCUCUGCUUGCCUUUUUGAUUCAGGGGAUAGGCAACGAAUGAGAAAUACAUUUGUGGGGACACCUUGCUGGAUGGCACCUGAGGUUAUGGAGCAACUACAUGGUUAUGACUUCAAGGCUGAUAUCUGGUCUUUUGGUAUAACAGCACUGGAGCUUGCUCAUGGUCAUGCGCCUUUCUCAAAGUAUCCUCCAAUGAAGGUACUUCUUAUGACAUUGCAAAAUGCACCUCCUGGCCUUGAUUAUGAAAGUGAUAGGAAGUUCUCUAAGUCUUUUAAGCAGAUGAUUGCAAGUUGCUUGGUUAAGGAUCCUUCAAAACGGCCUACUGCAAAGAAGUUGCUAAAACAUUCAUUCUUCAAACAAGCUCGGUCAAAUGAUUAUAUUGCAAGGACACUUUUGGAGGGGCUUCCUGCUCUUGGUGAUCGUAUCAAGGCAUUGAAGAGAAAGGAAGAAGAUAUGCUUGCACAGAAGAAGAUGCCAGAUGGGCAGAAGGAAGAGCUAUCACAGAACGAAUACAAACGGGGAAUCAGCGGUUGGAAUUUCAAUCUUGAAGAUGUAAAGGCUCAAGCUUCCCUGAUACAGGAUGUUGAUGACCCUAUAGGUUAUAAUAGUAAUAUUGGGAGCUCAAAUUCCUUGUCUUCUCUUGAUGUGCAUGAAAAGCAAUCAAUGUGCCAGAACUUUUCUCAAGUUGCAGACUUGGAGCAUAAUUAUGUGCCUCAGGACCAACCAGCUCCUGUCCAAUUAGUUGAUUCGACUUUUUAUGAUGCCAAAAGUAGGUGUUACAAAUCCGAUGAUGAAUAUAGCGUAGCUAGUUCAAGCCAUGAGCAGCUCAUUUCACAAAAUUCUUCACCCUGUAAUGAUGAGCAUGUUGAAACAAAUCCAGAUGAAAAGCCUGAUUCGGAGAACAAUGGAAAAUUUUUGGAGGCCAUGGCUGUGCAUUCCCAGCAACGAAGGGAAUGUUCUGUGGGCAGCAGCACUUCAACAGAAGCAAAUCAACCAAAUAAAGGAGAAAGUGAUAAGUUGCAAGGUCAACCCCAGACUAUUUCAAAUUGUCAUGCAGCAGCAGUUUCACAGCCAGUAGAAGAUGUUCUUUCUGAAGUUUCUUCUAGAGUAUCUAAAGCAACAGCAAGCAGUGAUGAAAUUGAUGAGAAAGCAAAAGCACCCGUUGUUCAGCAGAAAGGACGUUUCAAAGUCACAUCUGAGAAUGUUGACAUAGAAAAGGUGGUCCCUGCUCCUAUAUUGCAAAAGAGUCACAGCAUGCAGGUAAUUACUCCACAUCCUCAAAUUCCUGUACCAUUACCUCAACCAACACCUAUUCCAUCAACUCUAUCAUCACCUUCUAGUGCUAUUCCGUCAACUCAAUCUAGCAGUUCUCUUUUCCCGUUGUUGAACUCUGUUUUACAAGCCAAUAUAAUUCAAAGGGAAAGUAUUUUGAUUUUGAUGAAGCAAGUUGCUGCUGGUGACCCUACAGCUAAUCGUGCAGCUGAUGGAGGAAGCACACAGGCACACACUUUUAUGACAGAAAAAUCUUUGCUUGAAGCAGCACAUGAGAGGGAAAAAGAGUUACUUAAUGAAAUAACUGAUUUGCAAUGGAGGCUCAUAUGUGCCCAAGAUGAGCUCCAAAAAUUUAAAACAGAAAAUGCAAAGGUUAAUAUAUGAUUGUACUUUCCUCGGAGAUAUUUAGAUCCCCAUGUUUGAGUUUUGCGGAUUAAGAUUCUAACACAGUAUUUCAGGUAUGAUAUUCGAAUUGUCCGACCGAUGCCUGAAUGGAGGGAACAAAUUUUUCAGAUCCUGUCAUAAUGACAGAAACCAAAAAAAGAAAAAAAAGAAAAAAAAAAAGGGAUUAAAAUAACUAAAUAGGUGAUCAUUAACUUGAGGUUGAUAUUGCUUGUACUAUAGAUAUGUUUAAUUUGUAGCAGGUUAAGAAACUUAUUUUAUAGCUGCCUUAAUUGGCUUAGUUUCGCUGAUGAUAUUAACUUGUGUACAUGAUUUUAGUGUUAAUUUUUAUUUCUCAAUUUGUAAAUUGUAAAUAUUCAAUUCCAUGUGUAGGUAAUACAUUCAUACAUAUACAUAUACAUAUAUGAAAAAUAUAUUUUUAUAA